AUGACCAGCGACCAUUACCAUCCAGCUGCCAUCAUGGCACUGGAAGUCUCCGACAGGGCAAGUGACAUCGGAGGCAGCAUCAGCAUAUACACAGAUGGGUCCCUUAGGGAGAAGGACGACUACACAUCUUGGGCUUUUGUAGUUACUAGCAUCCAGGGGGACAUGCUUAACUACCACGGGCACCUCAAGGGGUUGACGGGCCUAUCUGUACCUGGGGAAUCCCUUCCUACUCUUGAAUCCAGUACCUUCUGCGAGCUCCUGGGAAUCGUUUGGGCUCUGGUCUGGGUCUAUCAAGGGCUGUCCCUGGGCACCAUGGGGACCAAUACCAUCGUCAAGAUUUACUCGGACAGCACCAGCGCUCUGGGACUUGUGCAGGGCUUGUUCGUUCCUACGGCUUUCAGAGAUACCGCUGCGGUUUCUCAGCAUCUUUUCGCCACCGUCCAGGCUGCAGUAUGCUUGGCAGUUUACCAUGUCUCUGCGCACUCGGGCAACCCCUGGAACGAGCUUGCGGACGGGAUCGCGAGCGAUCAGGAUGCUUGGUGGAACCACCUGAGCGAGCUAUUUUUGCGCUUCAAGGUGGACUGCUGUUUCAUUGAUGCCAAUGCCAGAGUUGGAGUCAACUCGACCACUUCGAGAUGUGGAGAUCAGGGUUUUCAGCAGGCGCCUGACAGCUCCGGAGGUCUCUUUUUGAAGUUUCUUGAGGAGGUCAACCUUAACGCGGUCAAUACGCUCUUACCUAACCUGGACGGCCCCGAGAAGGCCUAUACCUGGACAGCUAACAAUGGGAACCAGCACAGGAUUGACUAUAUUCUGAUGUCUGACUACUUCUACAAAAACAUGAUCUCGGUUAACACUUGUUUGGAUUUCGACAUUCAGAGGGACAAGCCAGAUCAUUACCCGGUUGUUGGGGCCUUUAGGGCUCUCCAUAACAAGGAUAUAGCGCCUCUCAGGGAUACCAUCAAGAGGGAGCUCACUAAGGACCCCCACCGCCGCGAGGCUUUCGCCAUACUGCUGCGGAGAAAGGAUUUCAAGGCCUUCAUUUGGCACUGUGCAUUAUGCUCGGCGGACAUGCUCGACCUUUCAGCACUGCCCGACAGGAUUGCUUACCUCGCCAUAGAGUUCGUUACCUUGUCUGCUAACUAUGGGAGGGGAUGUACUAGUAUGGAAAACAUCAUCAGAGCCAUGGGCACGUUCCUCCAGAGGUCCCAGAAGAUCCUUCGCAAACACAUCAAACAAGCUAGGGUCGACAAAAUUAACAACCUCGGCAAGGAGCUUAGUGAGCAAGAGUUGGCUGGUCAGGCCUCAUUGGAAUGGAGCACGCUUCACACUUUGCAGAGGUUCGGUGGCAAAGCAAGUAGGUUCUGCUCGGACGGCCUACCGAUGCGCAUCGACGAUCAAGGCAAGGUUUUGGACAGCGACAAGGCUAUCGCUGACGAGACACUCCGCAUUUUCGGGGCCAACGAGCAUGCCAAGAUUCAGAAGCUAACGGCCCUCUGCUUGGACUAUAACGCUCAAGUUAAUACGGACACCCCUGAGGAAAUCAAGCUUGAAAAUCUUUCCAGUCUCAGGACCCUCAUGAUUUCCCUCACUAGGUCGAAGAAAGGUAAAGCGGGGGGCCUCGACGGGGUCAUUAAUGAGCUUUACCAAGCAGCUGUACCGGAGACGGCUGCCAUGCUUUUACCUUUGUUCCUCAAGAUGCAGAUGCUUUGUCAAGAACCGUUAUGGGCCAAAGGAGGCCUGGCUGCGAGCAUUUAUAAAAAAGGUCCCUGGGUCGAUCUGCACAACUGUCGGCAGAUUUUACUCGGAUCCACGGUCCUCAAACACCGCCAUGCUUUCGUUCGCCGUGCCUUUGUUCAGAUAGCCACGCAGCUGAUUGGCGAGUGCCAGAUGGGAGGCCUACCGCAUCGAGGCACGGACCUCGCCUACCUCAGCUUGAGCCUGUUUCAGACCAUCUGCGAGCAGAUGGGCCUUUCCUCCAUCAUCCUCUUCUCUGACCUCACCCAGGCUUUCUACUCUGUCAUCCUCCAGUUUGUCUCCUCCCUCAAGGGUCAGACUCAGGACUUGGAGGCCAUCUUGGACGAUUUGAAGGUUCCUGAAUGCUUGACCCCCUUCUUAGAGGCCGUUGUCACUUCCCCCAAAAUCCUGGACGAUUUUGUGGACAAGCACGUUCACUACAUGGUUGCCGAAACCUUCAGGUUCCAGAUAGACAAGUACGACCUAUCAGUGCCAGUUGCAGUAUCAUAUAAGUAUUUGGGCACCAUGGUCGAUAGGUGCGCUAGCAUGGGCCCAGAGGUCUCCUACAGGAUUAAUCAACAAAAUGGCGCCCUCAGCACUCUCAAGAAGCACGUGUUCAGGAAUCCCAAUAUCGAGCCUAACACUAAAGUCAAGUACGCUAAGGUCGCCCUAGGUAAUGCCCUCCUCAGGGCGACCGUGCUCCUGGGCAUGGCCGCGGCGGCGCACGGCGCCGCCUUCAUCAUGGAGCACCCGGAUAGGACAGCCGCGGCCAAGCAGUAUCCACCGAGGAGAAAAGCGCUGGGAGCGGCACCGGGCUGGGAGCAGAAGCUGCACGCCCUGGUGGGCGCUUUGGUCGGCCUUGGGGUGGCGUUCGCGGGAGCCCUCGUGCUCGCCGCCGUCGACCUUCCGAGCCCGGCCCAGUCCUUCGUCAAGCUGGAGGGGAAGGCGCGCACGAAGGCGGAGCCGUCGAAGCUGCCGCCCCUGGGGACGAAGGUGGAGCAGCUGAGGGCCGUGAAGGCGGAGCUCCUCGCGGCCAAGAGGGAGCCCAGCUCGGGGGCGGUUAGCAGCCUGCUGCAGCGCGGGCUGGCCAUCCGGAGGGAGCAGGCCAAGAAGCCUGCCAAGGUGAAGGGGGAGUGGGGCCAGAAGUCCGCAGCGAAGGUCAAGAAGGAGCGGAGCCGCAGAGCCGACGGCCGCCCGCGCAAGAAGCAGAAGGUCACGGCCAAGCGCCGGAACGCCAGCCGGCGCGCGAUGGAGCGGGAGCUGCCGCUGUCGCCGGAGCUGGCGGAGCUGCUGGGUUCGGACGCACUCUCGCGCCCCGAGGCCGUGCGGCGCCUGUGGAGCCACUGCAAGGAGAGGGGGAUGUUGAAUCCGGCCAACAAGCGGGAGAUCAGGUUCGACCCCUGCCUGCAGAAGAUGCUGGGCCAAAAGACCGCCGUGAUGCCGCAGCUGAUCAGUCUGCUGAGCCCCCAUUUCGACUACGCCGGCGCCGAUGUCAAGGCCGAGGCCAAGCACGAGCCGGGCGCCAAGAGGGAGGCGAAGGCGGAGCUGAAGAGGGAGGCGAAAGCGGAGGUGAAGAAGCAGGAGCUCAAGGAGGAGCUCAAGGAGGAGCUCAAGGCCGAGAUGGCCAAGGCCAAGGCGGAGCCGCCCGGUGCCGAGCCAGGCUCGCGGGAGCGACCGGCCGGCAGCGCCGCCGCGCGCGCCCCGCGGGCCCGCGCGUGCUCGGGCGGCGGGGCCCUUCGGGCCGCCGAGGGCCUGAAGGCGGAGGACGCCGGCGCCGCGCUGCUCGAGGGGGCCGCCAGGGAGGUGGUGGAGGAGGCCCUCGGCAGGAGCGCCACGGAGCUGCUGUCCUUCGACGACUCCAGCGCGACGGUGCGAUGCAGAGCGCCCCCGGGCAGCUUCGCUCUCGAGGCGGUGGCGAGCCCACCGCCUUCCGGAGCGCCCCGCGCCUCGUGCUCGGCGGCGGCCGCCGCGUGCCGGGUGGAGUUCUGCGAGGCCGCCGACGGCGCCCUCGCCGGCUACGCCGAGGCCACGCUGCGAGGCCUGGAGCCGGCGAAGGCCUACAGCCUCUCCGUGCGCGUGGCUGGCGCCAGCCCGGGCGGCGGCCCCGGCCGCGGCUCCCACGCCCGACCGGCCCGUGGCCCUGCCGCAGCGGGAGGCGCCCGAGCGGUGGACCGAGCACGAGGUGCAGGCCUGGUGCGCGGUUCAGCGCUGCCCAGAGCUGCCACGUGCCGCGCGCGACUACGCCAUCAACGGCAGGACUCUGCUGUCGCUGGGCGAGGAGGACCUCAAGGCCCUCGGCAUCACCGCGCCCUUCCUGCUGCGCCGGGUGCUGGAGGCCAUCGGCGCUCUGCGGCGGCGCUCCGGCAGCUGAUCCUGUCGGCCGCCCCGCCGGGCCCGCCAGUCACCGGCCACACGCGUAUCUCGCGCCGAGUCCUCCUGAGGGCGAGUCUGGCGCGGGGCCCGCGCGCGGGAGGGUCUGUGUGUAUGCUUUUGACUAGCUCACCGCGGUCUUUCUUCGGUCUCACUUGGGUGCUCGCGAGAGCGUCUCAUGGGUAA